AUGCCGGAGUUCGCCCAUCCACCGUGCUGGGCCCACUUCCUCAGAUUUGCCGUGCAUGUGAAGCAGGGGUUACACUCUGGGAAGUGCUCGGCAACGAGUGACUCCCAGAUCUCCCCGAAGCUCGGGUUUCGCGCCAUCGAUGUUUUGGUGGCCCUCUCCGCCAUUAACAUCGCGGAGCUGGAAGGUCCUGUGGGCGAGCAGUCAAUGACGUUCAAUCUAGCUUUUGUGGUCGGCAGGGCCUCCAGUAAUCAAGAGGCGAAUGAGUGCUUCUUGCCUUUGUCGCUGCUUGCUUGCUACGCUUGGCACAGGGUGACAAUGAGAUCUGUACUUGCAGAGGGCAUGUUGGACACCAUCCACUUCGUGCAGGCUGGUUCCCCGUCAGCCGCCGAGCAGAAACUGAAUGCAUGA